AUGAGCUUAGCAUCGUUUUGCGGAUGGGCCUAUGCUAUUAUAUGGGGAGUUGCAUUCUAUCCAACUAUUUUUUUGAACUAUAAGUUGAAGACAUCUGAUUCCAUGUCUUGGGACUUCAUAAUCUUGAAUUUGGUGGGAUAUUCAUGUUACACAUUGUCGUUAUAUUUACAGCUUUACAACGAUACAGUGAGACUCCAGUAUAAGCAGUUGUUUGGGGGAAGACUUCCUUUGCUGUCGCUUGCCGAUAUUACAUACUCUGCACAUGGGUUGCUUCUAAUAUACAUUAUCCUUUCUCAAAUUAUUUUUGGAAACAGUCUUUGGAAGUUUAACAACCAGAGAAUUAGCUUUAGAUUGCAAAGAACCUCAAGAAUACUUUUGAUGGUGUUAUUUACGUACGUAUUCUUGUCCUUAUCAGCAGAUAAAAGCGGUCACGCAUUCCUGAACUUUACGAUUAACUUGGCGUACUGCAAAAUUAUUAUCAGUUUAGUGAAGUAUCUUCCGCAAGUUCAGCAUAACUAUAGGAGGAAAACCAUGUAUGGUAUCUCAAGGAUGCAAAUACAAUUAGACUUGUUGGGAGCUUUAUUUUGUAUUGCCGAAAUUUACUUAAAGAAUGAGUUACCUCUGAUGAAGGCAAUUGAGGCAAACAGAGGUAAACUCGGGAUCACAUUGGUAGCUAGCGUUUUUUCGACAAUAUUUUUGUAUCAAAUCCAUAUAUAUGGUACAUCACCUGAAGCUAAUAAUAAGGAGAAGUCGAUGGUUUGA